UUUUACUUUUAUCAUGUAAAAGCACCUGCUAGGCAGUUUCAUUCUUAUGGCGCCAUCAUCACGGUCACGUCGGGCACACGGUGCUAUGAAUUCUCAACGACAGAGACCAACAGUUCACUCGGACCUCCCCCGCACCGGAGGCUAUGUAAGAGAUGCCAAAAGCAUCCGUUAUUCUGGGCCCCCGAAGAGGAUAUUACCCCCAGAGGCCGGUUCCGAGCGGGCAGCAAAAACUGCUAGAACAGAGACUGCGGUGAAUCCAUCAUCCCAGGGCCAGCCUCCUCUGCAGCAGACAUCAGAUCAGGAUAUAAACAUACAGGGUUCCUCGUUCUCCCAGGGCCGGGAUUCGGGUAGCUUAUCCCAGCCUGGAGAUCCUGCUGCUCCGGCAGCCAUACCAAACAGUAUGCCGCAGCUGUUAGCGAGAUCGCGGGAGGCCUCCGUGCCGACCUUCUCUUUCAGCGGGCGGGAGCCCAAUCCCGCCAGUCAGAAUACUACUGACAGUGGAAGUGGGAAUUCUCACUCAUACCAGCGGUCUUCACAAGAGUUAAUAUAUAUUGAUGACAAUGAGGCCGGUGAGAGUAUACCGUCUAAUCAACCGAUGCCAGCCAUUUCCAUCCCCUCAUCUGAUCGAAUCAAAAUCUCGCAGUCAGACAAUGAGGCAUUUGAGCAGUUGACUCUUUGUGCACGGCGGCAGUUUAUUGCCACAUUAGACAAUAAAAGAGUGACUUGGCCAGUCGAGCAGGCAUUUCCAGGCCUCUCCGCUACCCGGGACAUGUACAAGAAUGCGGUAACCCGCGUCCGGGACUUAUACAAAACCUGGAAGAAUAAGUCCCUGGAUCUAGCGCUGAGAAAAUUUAAUAAUUGGAUUCUGACACUCACACCUCGGCAGGCGCACAAGAUUCGUGCCUCAAUGGAUUUUAUUCUUGUGAACCAGGCCAUAGCUAGCCGGUUUGAACUUAGCUGGGUAUUUGAUAUUUUUCCUUGGGCUCAGCAGGUGAUAUCCAUCGAUGACUGCUCUACUCUGGGUCAGGACUGGUUGAAGUAUAUCACAACCCAGCUGAUGACCAUGACCUAUUUUGCCAGUCUCACUGAGCAGGACUUUAUGCAUUGCUCAAAGCUCAGAACAUAUAAUAAAUGGAACCGCCACGCUGUGCUGCAUAUGUUUGAUGACUUGCAUACAUGCAAGCGAUUUCAAGAUAAGCUUAGCAUUGGAGACUUCCCCCAGCGAUUAAAGCCUGCGUUUAGAAUACGCCGUGGU